AUGCAACAGAACUCAAAUAAAGUGGCCGCACUGGAAGCUGAGAACACUGCUAUCCGGACCGAAAAUGCCUCCAUCAGGGCCGAAAACCAGUCUCUGAAAGAGAAGUGGUACACCAAUCUCCCGAACGGUUCCAUCGACUCAUUCGAACAGCUCACCAACACCUUCGUGGAGCAAUUUGCCAGCAGCAAAAAACUCAAGAAACUAUCGGUCGACCUGUACAAAGUAUACCAGAGAAGGGGGGAGCUGCUGAGAGAGUACGUCAGCAGAUUCAACAAAGAAAAAAUUUCCAUUCCUUUCUACAACCCCGAGACAACCGUAGACGCCUUCAGGAAGGUUCUCCUCUCGGAUGGAGAAUUUUACAAAGAAGUGACGAAGCUUGGCUACACCACGAUGGAGGACGCCUUGGCCAGAGCUGUGAUUCAGAUAAGGUGGGAAGAAGAUGAGAUGAAUCGGGCAGUUCACGCUAGGUAUGACCCAAGGCGGAAUGAUAAGAGGCUAUAG